AUCUCGUCUCCUCAGGGCUUUUUUUGUACUUUUGUACUUGAUCGUGACGUCGAGCGAUGUCCAGCCCGUGUCUGCUGACCCUCAGAUGAUCCAUGACCACACCUUGAUGCACUUUAUCACCUUUGCGGAGUCUUCCUCCCGCCGCGAACCCCGCAGCUGAUGACCAAAGUGCUUCCCCGCCGUCGCCCCGUGCCACGUGCCUCCUCCCCCAGCCCCUCCCUCAGCCUCACACCCCCGCAGGACGCCCCGGGAUGUUUCAGAGGUUCGCCAGCGCCCUGUUCGGGGACGACGUGGAGGAGCUGAGCCGAUGCAGCCGACCUGGAGACGGCAAGCAGGAGGAGGAGGAUGACGAAGACUGGAUCUUGGUCAACUACCUGGCUGAAGCCUGCUCCAGUCAGUGUGGUGACGGCCUCUCUGGAACCACUGCUGCUCACCAGGAGGAGGAGGAGGAGGAGGAGGAGGAGGAAGAAGACCUGGUGAUGAUCCCCUCUCCGGUGGCCAGCUCCCCCAUCCGCUACGCCUCCUGCACUUCCCUCAACUCCACGGCCGACACCGACCCGGACGGCGUCGCUGAGGAGGACGAGGAUGAUGAUGAGGAUGAGGAGGAGGAGGAGGAGGAGAGCGGGUUCCUGCGCCUGGACGCCUGCUCCCUGGAGGAGAGCUGGUUCGUCACCCCCCCGCCCUGCUUCACCGGCCGCGGCAGCCAGCCCGUCCUCCUGGAGACCAGCCCCCUGGAGAACCUGCUGAUCGAGCACCCCAGCAUGUCCGUGUACGCCCACCACAGCCCCCCCCGACUGACCCUCGACCCCCUGCAACGCUCACUUGACCGGGACUUCUUGUCCGCCAACAUGCCCGCCCCCCCGACAGCCUCAGGUGGGAAGGAGAAGGCGAGACGCACGCUGGACGGCCCCCGUCACAGGCCAGAGGUGGCGGUCGUACAGCGCCGCUCCACCCUCCACUCUGCCUGCUACGCCGCAGCGCUCUCCACCCGCGCCGGCCUCCUGCAGCAGCGCUCGGGAAACACCGCCCAACGCACCCAACCGCUGUCCCGCAACGCCCUGCGACGCCUCAACCUGCUGCUCCCCCCCAAGGCCGGCACCAGGCACCUGCACCAGCCCAGCCAGAGGCACCUGAACUUCUGAGGCCACGGCAACCAUCGUCAUCGUCAUCAUCAUCAUCAUCAUCAUCAUCAUCAUCAUCAUCAUCAUCAUCAACCUCGUUCCUUUAAGCAGUGUGGGAAUCGAACCCUCGCCACCCUCAGUCACACGCCGCUGUUUUCUUCUCGUAUCAAGAAAUCAACACCAGCAACAAAACCUCUGUCAUCAGCCUCCACCUCCACCUGAGCUGUUCUGAUUAUCUGUUCUCUGAUUGGACGGUGAAAUAGGGAAAAUAACAGGUGAUCUCUGUCAUUUUAUCAGCUCAUGUCUCCUCCUCCUCCUCCUCCUCUUCAUCCAUCCAUUCUCCUUCACGUUGAUGCUGAGAAGAAGGGAUGUGAAAGGAGAUGGUCAUCAUGCCCCCCCUCCUCCUCUUCCUGUUGUCCACAUUUUAUCCUCUCUCCCGAUGGACCAAUUUGUGUCCAAUCACAGAGAGGACGAGUCGCCAC